UCUGAUAGUAGACCGAGAGCAGUGAUGACGCUCUCAAAAAAAUGGCUGCGCCCGUGAAGAGAUUUUUAUUUUUUGUAUUUGUACCACGUAGGUCAUUUGAAUGACGAUUUUAAAUUCUCUUACAAACUUGAUUGCAUUGCUAAUUUAUUCCGGUCACCAAUUUAUACAUUGCAUGGUCUUGCUGUGCGUGCAAUACAAUGUAAAGUUGUGUUGUUUUUUUUCGGGCUGGUUUGCUAAAGAGGCUAUUGUAGCUAACAAUAAACAACGACUGCAACUCGGAAGGCUGGCGUCCGAGGAUUCAGGAACACACCAUUAGCUGUGUUCCUGAAUCCCUGACAAAGGGGCAGGCCAAUCCCCUGGAAGUGUUUAGUGUAGGCGGGAUCAAGGACAAUUUAUUUUAGAUGCGCACUGUCUUAUGCGCAGAACUUUGUUGUCCUCUUGAAUCUCACGAAAACAGCAAGAUGGCAACCCGGGACGCCGGCCCUGUGUGUCCCCUCCGAUCCGGACGCUCGCCUACUCCCUCCUAGUCACCUCCUUGGCCUGUCUACUUUGCACUUCUAUGACCGCAGAAACCUCUAGGAAUAGAUCAACAAAACAAAUAAAGAAGAGCAAUGGAGAAGAGCAGAAUCCAAAGAUCUCCAGAUAGACCUCUACUGUCUCAGUCAAAAUUAUAACAACUGCUACCCUCUCCCACCAAACAACCAAACCCCUUUCAAAGCAUCCGCCCCUAACGCCUAAGUGCGCAAGAGAGAGCCACAAGGAUGUACCAGAUAGUACCAGGGGGUCAGGGGGACCAGAACACCAGUGAAAGGAUCACCGGCUCCCCACUGAAGAAGAAGCUUGGUCGGGAUGGCCGGCCCCUGGUGGUGGCUGGUGUGCUCGGCUGUGUGUUGGUGCUGGCUGCCAUCGUCUCGUGGUGCUACUACACCGCAUCGCUCCGUCAAGCCCAGCUGUUGAAGACCGAGCUGCUGAACCUCAACAAGGACGGCUUCGCCAUCCGUAACCAGGCUGGGUCGAUCAUCUUCAGCAUGGCCUUUAAAUCUGGCACUCUCGACUUGGACUCCUGCUCCAAGCAGGGCAGCGUUCUGAGCUGUUCUCGUUCCGAUUCUGGCAAUCUCAAUUUCUUUGUGCAGACUGUCGGGUUCAAGGACACGGUGAUGUGUUACCGCGUUCGCUGGGAGGAGCUAGAACACGAGCGCUCGGUGGAACACGCCAUGGCCUACAACGACUCCCACUGGUACGGAGGGGCAGAGUCGGCGACACAACAUUGGCCUAUCAGCAUCCAGGGUGAGGAGGAGCCACUCCCCUUCAUCACCAGUGACAUCUACAAUAAUCGGAAUGCCUUUGGGGGAAUCCUGGAACGCUAUUGGCUCUCAUCAAACGCAACCGCUAUAAAGAUAAACGAUUCGGUUCCGUUUCACUUGGGCUGGUCGGAGAAGGACAGGACCCUCCGGUUCCAAGCCCGUUACGAGGACUCUCCUUACAGACCGCCGAAAGGACAACGGGCCCUGCCUGAACUCAGCUACAGAGUUUGCGUCGGCUCUGAUGUCACGUCUAUUCACAAAUAUAUGGUGCGGCGGUAUUUCCCCAAGCCCAUCCAGGUGCCGGCCUCGGACGUGUUCCAGCACCCCGUGUGGUCGACCUGGGCCCUCUACAAGACGGCCGUCACCCAGGAGAAGCUGCUGCAGUACGCCUCCAACAUCACCCGGCACGGCUUCACCUGCUCCCACCUGGAGCUGGACGACCGCUACACCGCCGACUACGGGGAGUUCGACUUCGACCCGCAGAAGUUCCCCAACGCCAGCGGCAUGUUCGAGCGGCUGGCGGCCAGCGGCUUCCAGGUGUCGCUGUGGACCCACCCCUUUGUCAACUACGACUCCAUCAACUUCGCCGUGGGCGUGGAAAGGGGCUACUUCGUUCGGGAGCCCAGCGGCGAGCUGCCGGCGCUGGUGAAGUGGUGGAACGGCAUCGGCGGGAUCCUGGACUUCACCAACCCGGACGCCCGCGACUGGUACGCCGCCCAGCUGCACACGCUCAAGAGCCGCUACGGUGUGACCUCCUUCAAGUUUGACGCCGGGGAGACCAGCUACCUGCCGCGCCAGUUCAGCACCCUGGGGCCGCUGACGGACCCCUCGGUCUUCACCCGCCGCUACACGGAGAUGGCGCUGCCCUUCCACCAGCGGGCGGAGCUGCGGGUGGGCUACCAGAGUCAGAACAUCUCCUGCUUCUUCAGGAUCAUCGACCGGGACUCGGUGUGGGGGUACGAGCUGGGCCUCAAGUCCAUCAUCCCCACCGUGUUGACCAUCGGUAUCCUGGGCUACCAGUUUGUCUUGCCUGACAUGAUAGGAGGCAACGCCUACCCUAACCGCACCACAGGUGAUGGACAUGGUCUGCCAGACAGGGAGCUAUAUAUCCGGUGGCUAGAGCUGUCUGCUUUCAUGCCCGCCAUGCAGUUCUCCAUUCCCCCCUGGGCCUAUGAUGAUGAGGUAGUAGAGAUUGCACGAAAGUUCACGGAUUUCCACAAGAACCUUGUGGCACCGAGGGUUCUGGAGCUGGCCGGCGAGGUUCUGAACACGGGAGACCCCAUCAUACGGCCCCUGUGGUGGAUCGCCAACGAUGACGAGGCUGCCUACAAGAUUGACUCCCAGUUCCUGAUAGGAGACGACCUGAUGGUGGCGCCAGUGUUGGAGCCGGGCAAGCAGGAAAGGGACAUUUACCUGCCAGCUGGAAGGUGGAAGAGCCGCAAGGGGGAAUACUUUGAUAAAGGACCCAUGUAUCUCACUGAUUACCCAGUGGACCUGGAUGAGAUUGCCUACUUCACAUGGGUACAUUAAAGGCACGGUUAGACAAGAGGGAACACAAAAGCACACAUAUACGCAAUACUGAACAGACAGGAAGGGGGAAGGAUAGUUGAAACGUUAAAAAAGGCGAAACAACAGUUUAUAACCUUGUAAUGACUCACUCCAUUGCUGCUCUCAACCUACUCCCGCCCACAAACUGCUUCCCCGGCGGUGAUUGCAAUGCUCUGCCCAAAGUUCUGGUCGGAUUCAGUGAUUUAAUCUUCCAGCCAUCAUCAUGUGCCUUCCACAGCCUUCAAUAACACUUUACUGAGAUUGUACCAUGUUGACCACUGUCUGCCUGCUUAGCAGCCAACCAAGUCCUGCCCUCCCCUUCAGCCUUUAGAGAAGUAUGGCUGGGGUCGACCUAAGAUGCGUUUUCUUGUUGGGUUUAUGUAUAAUUUCAUAUGGUUGAUUUAAUGCUGCAUUGCUUCAUAUUUUACCAAUUUGUUUUUAUUAAUCAGCUGCUUUGCAAAGGCACGGGAGAAAACAAAACAGUGUUGUAUGAAAUAGACGAGUUAGGAUGUUAAAAGAUCGACAGAAAUUUGUGGGCUUUCUAUUAGGAGAAUAUAUUUUUGCUUUACUUCCAACUUCCAUCCAAGAGCGAAACGGGGCAAGAGCUCAAUAUAACAUAUCCGAAUUGGUUAAUAAAUAAUGUUUGCAUAUCGCAAACUUGAUAUCUGUCUGAAGAGGUUAAUUUAUUUUAAUAAAUCAUUCGCUCUGUAUUCAUUAUUAUUAUCAGGCUUUCUAUUUGGUGUUUACAAAAUCUGCUUUGAAUCAUGCUUAUGUUUAAAUCAAUGCUCAGAGGAAAUGUAAAAGACAACAAUGUAUUGUUAUCCAUCCUUAAUAGGAGUAAGUAAGUAUGUAUGCCUUGUACAUCAAGGAUGGGUGUGUUUGAAAGCUGACUUGAAAGCUACACUGAAUAUCACACUUCUGUAAUUUAUGAGAUUAGUUUCAUUUUGGAUGUCAAUUUUUUUUUUAUUCCAAACCGUAUUACAUUUAUGAAAUGGAAUGUUAUUUCAUGUGCACAUUGCUUGGCUUUAUGUAUUUGUAAUCAAACAAUGUAACUAUGUCUAACUUUUGCCAAAGUUAGCUAUGUGGGCUUGGAAAAUGGCUUGUUUGACUUUGAUUUUCAGUUCCUCAUCCAUAUUUUAUAGGCGUUUGUUUAACAAAUUAAACAAUGACUUGUUUUGCCUCGUAUAUAAAUAAGGGGAUUUCAGGAUUUUCCUCCACCAUGAUUGUACUAACCUCCAUGUGCCAUAGAAUAAAUAUAUUGCCUGGGUUGAACCCAGCCUUUAUCUUUUUUUGUUUCUCAGAGCGCAAACCUGCAUGGUCGCUCAUACAUACAAAACUCACUUUUUUGGGGGGGUGAUCCAACCACUAUUCAAUUGCCUUGUCAAACAGGAACGGAAUCACAUUUGCUAGGGUAAUUAAUCUGAAUUGUGCUACACGUAUAUAACUCAUUGUUUAUCAAUUGGUAGGCCUAUCUAUUUAUCAACCCUAAAAAUUUAACUCACAAUUUCCUCAAACGUUUAUUUUCAAAUGGAUUAAUUUGUGAGGCCGAUCAGGUAAGCAUAUCAAGCAUUCUAUACAGUAUGCUAGUUACACAUGUGUCAGUAGUAUGAAAUGUUUCAGAGAAAAAGAUGAACAGGAAAAGCAAGACAAAAAAAUGAACCAAAUAGCAAAACAGUUCAUGUACAGAACAAGCUCAUGAAUUUGAUACUAUUAUAUAAUGGAUAUAAUAUGGACACAUAAGACAAUCAAUAUUCGGUAUUUGUUAUGGAUUUAUUGUACAAAUUCCCUGAAAAGAUGCACGUUCCAGGAUGAAUUGAGAAGCUCCCGUAAGGGCUGAGAUGGCAGAGGACAGCUGAUUUGGAACGGAACAACAGCUGUUCGCUUUCACGGGGAAAAACUAAAGAACUUCAACCUACUUAGGCCUACUAAUUAACGUUCAAAAGCUAUUAAUUAUUCAACAAAAUAUGCAGAU